AUGGAUGUGACUCUGUCGGAGUUACUAGCCACUUUCAUGGAGUCGCCGCUGGUGGUGUGGGUGCGGAUGCUGGGCCCGUUGGGUUCAUGUGACAGUGUGGGCUCAGAGGAGCGGGUCAGCAUGUUCAUGGAACUGGUGGACGGUGUCUUCUUGCACAAGAUCAUGACACACAUUGACCCGAGCCCGACCAAUCAGAGGCUGAACAAGAAUGUCAACAAUGAUAUGUCGCUUCGCCUUUACAACCUGACUGUUCUCACCAGACACAUCAGGACGUACUACCAGGAGACUUUACAGCAGUUAGUAGUCAUGCCCCUCCCCAACAUCCUUUGCAUCGCCAAGGAUCCAAUAUCAGCCAAGAGCAUGGAAGAACUGAAAAGACUGUUGUUACUGAUACUAGGCUGUGCUGUACAGUGUGAGCGUAAGGAGGAGAUGAUAGAGAAGAUCAAGCUGCUGGACAUUGAGACCCAGGCCGCCAUCGUCUCUCACAUCCAGGAGGUCACCCACAACCAGCUGAAUGUUCUCGACCUGUCGUGGCUGGAGGAAGGAGCAGAGAUUGUGCACGAAGAGCUGGAGCCUCUGUCCCGUAACAUGGCUUCAUCGCUACGGCAACUGAUUGACCAAAGAGACAAAGCCAGUGAGGUGAUUGUGGAUCUGACCCAGGAGAGGGAUUACCUGUUCAGUCAGCAGCCCCAAGAAGGGUGCAGGACUCUAGGCUCGAGCAGCCUGGAGCGAACGUCUGUAACUGUGUCUGGGCUGACCAAAGAAGAGAAACAGCAUCUGUCUGUGGAGCUCGCCGACACCAAGGCCAAGCUGCGCAGAAACAGACAAGAACUGGAGGAGAAGACAGAGCAGCUGUUGGAUUCAAAACAUGAGGUGGAGCGUCUGGAUCAGGAGUUACAGAAAGUGAAACAAGAGAACCAGUCGCUGUCUUGUGAGGCUCGUUCGGUCCGAGCGUACCGGGACGAGGUGGACUCACUGAGGGAGAGAGCAGCCAGGGUCGACAGACUGGAGACUGAACUGACCAGAUGUAAAGAAAAACUCAACGAUGUUCACUUCUACAAGAGCAGAGUGGAGGAGCUUCGUGAGGACAACCUGACUCUCAUGGAGACGAAGAUGUUGUUGGAGGAGCAGCUGUCAGCCUCCAGAGGACGCUUUGAGAAACUUCACACACUGGAGAAAGACAACCUGUUACUACGAGCUAAGAUACAUGACCUGGAAAUGGAGAGGGACAACGAACGUCAGAGGCUGGAGGAGCUGGUGGAGGAGAACAUGCUGCUGGAGAUCGGACAGAAACAGAGUAUGAACGAGUCGGCUCAUCUCGGCUGGGAGCUGGAACAGCUGACUAAGAACCACGACAACACUAACACAGAGACUCGCAAGUCAUUGGUCCAUGAGCUGAACGAGUGUGUUUCCAGUCGAGUCUUGAAGCUGGAAAAGGAAAACCGGGAGCUACAGGCCUCUAUAGAGAGACUGAAAGGGGAUAAUCACCUCCUGCAGGAGCAGCAGCUCCAUACCCAGGAGCUGGACCGUGAGAACCAGAGCCUCAGCAAGAAGCUGGAGCGCCUUCAGGUCUUGUUGGACCAGGAGAGACUGACCAAUCAGGACAUGGAAUCUCUGGGAGAGGAAAUAUUGAAGGAAAAGCAGAGUCUGGAGAGAGAAAUGCACGCUCUGAGGGCAGAGAGGGAUCGGCAGAUUUCAGAGUUGGAGAGCGAGAAGCAGCACCUGUCUGAAGCAGUGGUGUCCCUUCAGGAGCGCGCACAGUCUAACAGUGAGACGAGGGUCCGCGAAGUGGAAGCAGAGAACCGCCUACUGCACCAGAACAUCACUGACACCAGCUCCCGGGUGGCCAGCUUGGAAAGUCAACUCAAAGUCUCCAAUGAGGAGGCAGAGAGGCUGAGGGAGAGGGCGGGUCGGUGCGAGGAGGCGGAAAGAGAGGCUGCGAGGCUGGAGCGGAGCAGGGACUCUUUGAACAAAGAAGUGGCGUCUCUGCGUUCAUGCAGCGAGCGGUCAGAGGCUCUAGAGAAGCAGGUGUCCUCCCUGGAGCAGGAGGUGUGCAGGCUGAAGCGGGAGGCAGAGGAGGCCCAGCAGAAGCUCGGGAGGCACGAGGUGGAGAAUGGCUUGCUGUCAAAGGAGAACCUGGACCUCCGCUGCUCACAGGAAAACCUGCGUGCCUCAUCCGCCCGCCUAGCCACCCUGCAGGAGGAGCAUCAGGAGGUGCAGAGAGAGACACAGGAGUUAAAGAGGAGGGUGGAGGAGGUCAGAGAGGAGGCACAGACAGAGAGGAAGAGGGCCGAAAGGCUGGAGCUGAACAUGGCAGCUCUGAAUCAGGAGAAAUAUCGCUUAGAAGAGGAGAUAGAGAGGAGUAAAGAGGAGAGGGAAGAGGUAGAGAGAGAGAGGCGAGAGACACACAGCAGAGAGGAGGAAUGGAGAAGGGAAGUAGCGGAGCUGAAGGAGGAGCGGAGAAGGAGGGAGGAAGGAGACAAGGAGAGGAGGAAGCUCCAACUGGACCUGGAGCAGUCAGAGAAGGGCAGGAAACACCUGGAGAAGGAGAGCUUGAAGAUCAGAACGCUGCUCGAAGGUAAAGAGACAGAACUGGAGGAGAAAACCAGGCGACUGGCUACAGUGGAGAAGGAGGGCACGACUCUAAAUAAGGAAAUGGACAGGCUGAAGGAAGUGGCCGUCAAAGCCAAAGAGCUGGAGAGGGAGAACAAGGAGCUGCAGAAACAAGCGACUAUUGACAAGAGGACUCUAGCUAAUCUGAGAGAGGAGUUGGUGUCGGAGAAGCUGAGUGUUCAACAACAGAGUGUCAAGUUGGAGAGACUCAAUGAAGAGCUGGAGAAGAUCGGACUGAACAGAGAGAAACUACUGCAACAAGAAUACACACAGGAGGAUAGCCGGUACAGGCUGCUGGAGUCUCGGCUGGAGGAAACUGUCCAACAGACAAUGAAGAUUAAGGAGGAGAAAAUCUCCACCCUGGAAAAGAAGCUGGAGGAGAGCAACACACUCAAUACUACCCUGCGCGCCGAGCUGGUCACUGUUCAUAAGACUGCCCUGAGGCAGGAACAGGAGGAGGAAGAAAACCACUACCAGCAGCACUCAAGUGGCAGCCGGGGUCAAGGGUCAGCCACUGCUGAGCUUCUACGAAUCAAAGAUCAUCUUAUUGAUGUAGAAAAGAAUAACGCCUCCCUGCAGACAGAGAGCAGUCUGUUGAAGGAGCAGCUCAAACAGCUGGAGAACCAGAACACUUCUCUUAACAACCAGAUGGUGUCGCUGCAGCGACACAUCACCACCCUGCAGGAACAGAAUUCAGCCUUACACACACAGACCGCUAAAGUGCAGGUGGAGAACUCCACACUCUCGUCUCAGAGUGCAUCUCUCAUGGCCCAGAAUGCAGUACUGCAGGGCCAAGUCACUGCCUUGGAGACUGAGGUAGAGUCAUGGCAGCGACAGCGUGAGGAGGCGUGGCGAGGUCGAGAGAGUGUGCUCAGCGACCACGACCGCCUGUUGAGCGUUCAUGAGAGGCAAGCUCACGAGUACGAGCAGUUGAUCAGUCAACACGCUGCACUGAAGUGCAAACAGAGGGCGGUAGAGAGCGAACACAGGACGCUGCACAGCAAGUAUUGUAUUUUGCUGCAGCAGAAGGAGAAAUGGGAGGAGCAGGAGGGGCGUGGCCAGAAAGAGAAGGAGGAACUAAACCAGGAGAUCCAGAAGAAUCGUCUGCUACAGCAAGAGAACCGAGAGCUAAAAACAGAAGUGAACAGAUUGACAGAGAGCCAAUCACAGCACUCAGAGCACAGUGAAGGGCUCCAGCAGCGCGUGAAUGAACUCAAGGGCUCAUUAAGCUCUGCCCAGCAGGAAGUGACUCAAUUGAUGGCACAAUAUGAUUCACUAAUGGAGCAACACCAGGGCCUGGACCUGACCAUGACCAAACUAGACAACCACUGUGAGCUGCUGAGUCGACUGAAAGGGAACCUGGAGGAGGAGAACCACCACCUCCUUAGUCAGAUCAACCUGCUAAGUCAGCAGAACCACACUCUGCUGGAGAGGAGCAUGGAGAGCAAAGAGUUGUAUCACCAGGAACAGAAACUAUACAUUGAUAAGCUGAACUCUCUUCGUCGGCAAAAAGAGAAACUAGAGGAGAAGAUCAUGGACCAGUACAAGUUCUACGACCCUACACCUAAAAAGAGGAGUCAGUGGUCUGGAGCCAAAGCUUUAGCCAAACUGAUUAAACCCCGAAAGGAGAGCAGCAGGGAGAGAGGGGGCGACCGAGACAAAGACGGGGGCAAGGAGAGAGAACGGGCAAAGAGUGCCCCUGACAUUCCCCUACCGGCCCCGCCCCCACUCCUCCCCCCUGAGACACCUCCCCCUCUCCCCCAGCGGACGGGAAGUGACUCGCAAGAUGGUGGCCACGCUCACAGUAACCAUAACAACCUAAUCACCAGCCCAAGCCUGGGACCCCAGAGUCCAGCACUGACUCCCAUCAGCCGAGGUUUGACUGACAGGGGCCGGGGAGUUUAUCGCAGCAGCACUCCAGGAGGCAGCAGUGAGAGUGUCAAUGGAGAAGAUGGACAUGGGCAAGGUCAGAACCAUAAAGCUUUGAGCUCCACUCCAAGCCAUCAGUCAUCCUCAUUGGGCCUAAUUAACAACUCUAGCUCCAGAAUGGGACAGGGCCCCGGCCGCAGGCCCAGAGGUCUGUUAUUUGAUGAAGACUCUUGCCACAAUACCUCUGACUCCAUGUUUGGUCACCAUGGAAACAAGGGAGGUCGUCCAGGAUCAGCAGACUUCAGCCACAACACCUCCAGCUCCAAUUCACCUGUCAACUGCAGAGACACAAUAGAUUGUCAUGCUCACUCAGCCAGCCUCUCGAGUGAUGAUGUCACGGGUCUCAGCCGUUCACAGCAGACUCUGUCACGUAGCUCCACCCUCCCGUAUGACCACACACCCCAGAGGGCCCAACCACAGCGUGGAGGCGGAGUCAGGACUAAGACUCGCCCAUCUUCACCUGGAAGUGAGAUGGUGACGCUGGAACAGUUUCUACAAGAGAGCAACAUACAGUCACCUCCUAUGGUGUCUACAGGAAGCAGGGAGGACUUGAUGACUGACUAUUUCACCAGAAGCCCCGCCCCCUCUGGUCCCACCAGUCGAGAUCAGGUGACUCCCACCAGUUAUGUCACACCCACUGUACAACCAUCCAACCAGAGGCCAGGCCAGAGUGUGAAGCCUUCACCUCGCCAGCCCAUUGGCCAAUCCCCAUCCUCGGGCCAGCCCCUCGCCCAGAGAACCAGCCAAUCCCUGAGCCGGGCCUUCAGCCUGGCCUCAGCUGAUCUACUGCGCUCUAGUGGACCAGACAGUUUUCGUGGAAAAGAGGGUUCUUCUGGCCAAUCAGAUGUGGUGGUUCGGCGGCAAGGGGGAGGGGCUAAUGCUAGAGAACGACCACUCUCUGCUCGUCUGGCUGGUCCAACUAAUCAGCUCGGAGAUGGCAGCUUCAUAAACCCACCCAUCCACCACUCAUCCUCUCUCAAUCUGCAGACGGAGAGAUACGCAGAGCGGGAAAGAGGGAGGACUACUGUCUCUCAGAACGGCCCGUGCUCCUCCUCUUCCUACCAUCACCGUGGAGAGGUCGCCAUGGUAUCUCCGGUCAGGGCUGUGCCCACCCCACGGGCCAACGAAGGCUCGGAGCAUGGGGAUGUGUUACGGGAGGGACAGUCAGGUGACUCCUCCCUCCUAAAGAAAGAAAGUGAGAGAGCGAGGUGCGGCUCUGUUGAACACCCGAAAAGCACGCCGGCUUCCCCUGACCCCAACAACGACCCCCAGACUGUGUGGUAUGAGUACGGCUGUGUCUAAAGACAGGAACCAGUCUGCUGGAGCUUCAUGGUCCAAAGCCUCAGACACAAGUCACCAGUGUUUGGGCUGAGCGUUUUGUCUUGUGGAUGAAUGUUAGAACGUAAAACUGAAGCUUUGUUCUAAUUCAGCAUCAACCACUGGAACUGUCUCCAGGCCCAGCACAUUUAAAACAUCUCUGCAUAAAGGACUUUAAUUUCUAUUUUCUAAAAUGAACUUGUAGAUGAACAACCAAACCUGAUUCAACACACCACCUGCCAAUACAGCUGCUGAAAACAGUCAUUCAGGAAGUUUUCUGAAGCGAAGGAGCUGAACACAAACGUCACAUCACACACCAAGUAUCAGAUCUAUGCAGUCAAUUUCGACUCACCGUUUUCCACUCACCGUCAUCAACCCGAGCUGAAUCGCUCAGAGGCGGGUGCAAUGUAGAUUGAUAGUUUUUUUAAGGAUUGAAACUUGAACACCACAACACUAAUGUCUUUUAUUACCACCAUGUUUAGUGUGAUUCAGCAAAUAGCCUCAGCCCAUAUGAUGGGAUUUUCAUUUCAAAGCCACCAAAGCAUUUUUGAAAACGGUGUUGCUAUUACUGACUGUUUGAAAGAUGGAUUGUGGAUGUUUUUGACCAGAUGAUGAUUCAGAUGUUAAAUUUUUUUCGAUUUUGGAUUUUAAAAACCUACAGAAACGGAGAUGGAAGUUGCAAUGUCUUGUAGUCUGAGAAUCCAUAACACUUAAAGAGUGGUUGUGGAGCAGAACACUAAGAACGGGCUUUGAAACUCCGUGACUGCUGACUGACACCGUCUGGCCCUGCACAUGUUUAUCUGGAUGCCAGGAAGUAGCCCUCACCAAGAACAAUUGGAAGUGAAGACGACCAGAGCGACUGAAUGUAUCAGAUUUCUCUUCCUUUUUUCCUCUCCUCCACUAUCUAGAACAAACACACUGGAAGAGAUGAGAGGAAAGUAGGA